AUGCUUAAAUCAUUAACGAAAGUUCAUCGCAAAAUCUCUCAAAAGGCACGUCGACUAUCUCAAAAGAAGCUUAAUCUCAGUAUCAAACGUCGCAAGGUGCCAGCACAAGGCUAUCAGCCAUCAAACAAGCAGGAAAUCAGUAUUUUUGAUAUACGCUAUCCCAUAUAUUUCAACAAUUAUUCAACAGAGAGCUUCAAUCUAGUGCAGGAGUAUGCACAAAGCCCAAGAGUGCGGCAUCCUGAUGAAGAUUGGAAGUUCAAUAGAGCAACCAACGAAGCUUGUGAAGAACCAGCAGAUGACCCCAACAUGCUUGAUCUCGGUAGACUCAACAUCAAUAAUCCAAUGGAGCAGUACGAUAAAAAAUACAUCCCAACAGCCAGAAUCAGCCGCAGACACAUGUGUAGAGGAUGUGCUACUCAUUUCAAUUACAUCACUUUGACUAUAUCAAGCCCUGAUGAGAUUAAUCCCACAUAUUGCAUUGGCUGCGAAAGGUUGUUUGGAUCCAUGUCAAAUUUUGAGGUCCAUCAACGAUUGCACCACUCGACCAAUAUGAUCAAAAACAACCCAGUGUUCGAAACCCACUUUCUCAACGACAUUAGCAUGCAUCCUCACUAUGGUUGUGCUCCACCUCAUGACAAUAGAUACACUUUAUUCCACCUUCCUUGCUCACCCAAUUAUUACAAAAGAUUUGUCAACAAGUAUGGCGAUCCAAAAUAUGUGCUCUGUGAUGUUCAGCCAGUCAUCCAAGAUAGAUUGCAGCAUUUCUAUGGAUGCAAUGGAUGUCGUCAAUUCAUUGAACACGAGAGAUCUCCCAUCUACUUUGAUACCGUCAGCAUCGCAGGCAAAUAUGACAUGGCAACCCAUAAAGAAGUACUGGCCUUUUUAAGCUACAACAUGACAUGUAUGGAGACUGGCUUGCAAGGAUGUUGGUCUCCUACUGGCAAGGAAUUCUUUUCUCUUCAGCUGGAAUUGAAGACGCCCGUGUCGGUUGGUGGUCGUGGAUUUCUGAACAAUUUCAAGGUGUCUCUUGUUGGAAUUGACUCGCUUUUGGAGAUGUUCGAUGCUGAAGAUGUGCAUAGAUGGCUGAAAGCCGUCAAGGAGCAUCAGGGCUACUAUCCGCCAUGUUAG